AUGGCAGCAGUAGAGGUUCGGAAAGUCCUUUUUUCCGCAGGGCUGGGCUCUCCUCAACGCACUCAACGCCACGGAGCGAAUGAUCUGCGCGAGUCGAAUCAGAGGCGUAAGGGAGUGGAAGCAACACUGAACUACCACAAAGACAACGAGGAUGGAUCGCCUCCGCAUCCUACAUAUGUUGACAGGCCAGAGACAUAUGACCGGCCAUUUGAAUCCCACUCUGUGACGAUCAGCGACCUCACAGGCGAUGAAGAGGAGUUUUCUCUCGAUAUAAAUGGGUUUCAAAUCCAUCACAGCUGGUCGACUGAAAAGCAGUUUCAAGACGAUGAUCAGAUCAGGUCGUCCUACUACGCCGAAGUUGAAGAACUUCUAAAAGCGGUGUAA